UACAGCGGCCUGCCGGCCUUUCAUCCUCUUGUCAGAGACAUCCCGGGGCUUGAUCCAAAGGUAGUCGACGCUGCUCUGAAGGCCGAGGCCGCAGGGAUUCGCAAUGCGGGCUAUAAUCUGCGAGUCGUCUACAUGGGCCCCGAACAAAACUCUUCCAUCCUAGCCAAUCGUCUAGCCGACGGCAGAUGGGACGGAGUCGGCGUCGGCGCCGGCAUUAGGGUCACGACCAAGCCAGAAGCGACAGUAUAUCUGGAGAAGAUCUUCCAGCUCUUUAGCGACCGGGCUCAUCUUGCGCAAAUCUUUCUCAACUACAACGCAAACAGUACGCUGUCGGCACUGCAAAGACAUUUCCCAAUCUCCGGGUGCACUAAACCGGGCAAGAAUCUU